AUGCCUCGUAGCCCAACAUCAAGUGAAGAUGAAAUGGCACAAAGCUUUUCAGACUAUUCUGUUGAAUCUGAAUCUGACAGCUCCAAAGAAGAAACCAUUUAUGACACAAUUAGAGCAACUGCAGAGAAGCCAAGCAGCAGAAUGGAAGACAGUCAGAGCAACACGUUAGUGAUUCGAAUUAUAAUACCUGAUCUGCAGCAAACGAAAUGCAUUAGAUUUAACCCAGAAGCUUCAGUGUGGGUCGCAAAGCAACGAAUUCUGUGCACUUUGAAUCAGAGUUUGAAAGAUGUCUUGAAUUAUGGACUGUUCCAGCCUGCAAGCAAUGGUAGAGAUGGGAAGUUUUUGGAUGAGGAACGACUUCUUAGGGAAUACCCACAGCCAGUGAAUAAAGGAGUUCCUUCACUUGAGUUUCGAUACAAGAAAAGAGUGUACAAACAGUUCAAUCUUGAUGAAAAGCAGCUGGCCAAGCUUCACACCAAGGCUAAUUUGAGAAAGUUUAUGGAUCAUGUCCACCAUCUCUCAGUGGAAAAAAUCACCAAGAUGUUGGACCGAGGACUGGACCCAAACUAUCAUGACCUAGAAAGUGGAGAAACACCCCUAACUUUGGCAGUUCAGCUUGACAAUACUGUAGAAGUGAUAAAAGCUCUGAAAAACGGAGGAGCGCAUUUAGACUUCAGAGCCAGAGAUGGAAUGACAGCUCUGCACAAAGCAGCCAGAGCCAAGAACCAAGUAGCCCUCAAGACCCUUUUAGAACUUGGAGCAUCUCCUAACUACAAGGACAGCUGUGGCCUAACACCACUGUACCACACUGCUAUUGUGGGAGGGGAUCCGUACUGCUGUGAGCUAUUACUUCAUGAACAUGCUACCGUCAGUUGCAAAGAUGAAAAUGGAUGGCAAGAAAUUCAUCAGGCUUGCCGAUACGGACACGUCCAACAUCUGGAGCACCUCCUCUUCUAUGGCGCCGAUAUGUGUGCGCAGAAUGCCUCAGGAAACACGGCGCUGCACAUCUGUGCCCUCUACAACCAGGAGAGCUGUGCCAGAGUGCUGCUGUUCCGGGGAGCUGACAAGGAGAUAAAGAAUUACAACAGCCAGUCUCCAUUUCAGGUGGCUAUAAUAGCGGGAAACUUUGAGCUUGCUGAAUAUAUCAAGAAUCACAGGGAAGCUGAUAUCGUGCCCUUUAGAGAGGCUCCCACCUACUCAAACAGAAGGCGGAGACCUCCGAGCACCUUAGCAGCACCUCGGAUCUUGCUUCGUUCCAACAGUGACAACAAUCUGAACAUCAACAACCUCCCUGAGUGGUCAGCCUCCUCCUCUGCUUCUUCACACCGCAGCCUUUCACCUCAUCUACUUCAACAGAUGCAGAAUAAUCCUAAUGGAACUGUAAAAACUGUGGGGAGUUACACUCCAUCCUCCCGGAGCCGGUCGCCAUCCCUGAACAGGCUGGGAGAGGAUGCCAAACGGCAGCAGCACAGGCACAUCAGUGCCGUUUACAAUCCUAGUGCCAGCAAGGAUACUCUGUCUGCCUUGGAUUAUCAGGGUCCAAAACGCAAGCUUUACAGCGCUGUACCUGGAAGACUUUUUAUUGUCGUUAAGCCAUAUCAACCUCAAGGGGAAGGGGAAAUUCAUCUGCACAAAGGAGACAGAGUCAAAG